GACUGUAGUCGUCUCUCAUUUAUUUCGAGCAAAUAUUUUACUCUUUAUUUCGAAGAGAGAGAGAGAAGAAGACGGAAGAUAGAAGAAAGCGGUUUUGAUCGGAGAUUAGUGUAUCCUUGUGUAUGAGCUAGUGUUUGCAAUUUGACGGCUCUCAGGAUCUGAUUUAUCUCAGGCGUCUGGGCUCUGUCGGUAGCUACAGGGGUGAAAGAGAGUUUCUACAAGGCUUUUAAUGGAAGACGAUGACUCUCCUUCUUCCCGGGAUUUGGAUGCACAGAACCCUUAUGAUCGAUUGCUUGCUCUAGAUACAAGUACCGUAGAUUCAAAUUGUAACUUGGAUUCGGUUUCUGCCAUUUAUCUAGCGAUGAAGAGCUCGAAGCUGGAAUGUGUUGACGAGCGUGGCCAAGAUUCCCUUAUAACUUCGGUAUGCAUGGAUGAUGAAGAGGAUGAGGAACUCGAUGAGUUUGAUCCUUAUCUGUUUAUUAAGAACUUGCCGAACUUGUCUUCUGUUGUCCCAACUUUCAGGCCGGUCUUGCUUCCUAAACAAACCCGAAGCUGUCCUCCUAUUUCUCUAGUCCUAGACCUUGAUGAAACUCUUGUGCACUCGACUCUAGAACCGUGUGGUGAGGUGGAUUUCACAUUCCCUGUAAAUUUUAAUGAAGAAGAGCAUAUGGUGUAUGUGCGGUGCCGUCCUCACCUCAAAGAGUUUAUGGAGAGAGUUUCCCGUCUUUUUGAGAUCAUUAUAUUUACAGCUAGCCAAAGCAUUUAUGCCGAGCAACUUCUGAACGUACUUGACCCUAAGAGAAAGCUCUUUCGCCAUAGAGUGUACCGUGACUCCUGUGUUUUCUUUGAUGGUAACUACCUAAAGGAUUUGUCAGUCCUUGGGCGUGAUUUAUCUCGUGUUAUCAUUGUUGACAACUCCCCACAGGCAUUUGGUUUCCAAGUGGAGAAUGGGGUUCCAAUAGAGAGCUGGUUUAAUGACCCGUCAGAUAAAGAACUCCUUCACUUGCUCCCAUUUCUUGAAAGCUUAAUUGGAGUUGAAGAUGUAAGGCCAAUGAUCGCCAAGAAAUUCAAUCUAAGGGAGAAGAUCGAUGCAGCUGUAGCUGCACCUGAAUAUCCUGUUGAGGCGGGAGAUCCUUUUGAAAGGUAAAGUCUAUCGCCGAAAAAGUUAUAAGCUUUUAAAGGAAGAAUCUGGCAUAAGAGCUGCGUGCGGGAUACAAAUUCAAGGAGAAGACUUGCUCUUUAAAGAAGAUGCUUUGGAAAGCUUAAUGGAAGUGUUGCUUCCUAUUACGGUUGGAGGUAUCAGAAGUUGGAGAGAGAGAUAUAUAUAUAAAUAUAUCAAUGUUGUUUUCUUAUUAGCUUAAAUUAAGAACUUGGUAUACAGAGAAAGACAGGAUAGGCCUGUAAACAGUUUAAUGCACAAUAACUGUAUAAUUGUCUCUCUUUUCUGGUUUAUUUACUACUACUAGGUA